UCUAUAUCUGUAGGUAGGAUACCCAUCGGACACGGUGUGUUUACUGCUUUAUAAUAUAAUAUAAAAUUAUAUUGUGCUCGAUUAGGUUCAAUAAACUUUAGGUUUUUAUUUUUAUUUUAACUUAGUUUACUUGAAAAAAAAAAAAACUCAAGUAUACAUACAGUUUUUUUUAAGUAUAACCGAAAAUUUUAAAGCAAAAAACAAGAAACAAUGGUAUUUACUAUUUUGUCGUCUUUUACGGAAAGAGUCUUCGACAACACCGUUUAAUAAACACACCUACAAAACUGUUCAAAUCCUAUUUGUUAUUAGAUAGAAUAAAAUACGAUGGCCGAAAGUAACGGAGAUGCAAACAACAGGAAAAUAGCGUUGAUCACGGGCAUCACCGGACAGGACGGGUCGUAUUUGGCCGAGCUGUUGCUGGACAAAGGCUACGAGGUACACGGGAUCAUACGACGCUCGAGUACUUUCAACACAAGUCGCAUAGAACAUUUGUAUCUCGAUCCGCAAUCGCACAGAGAAGGCAAAAUGAAACUGCACUACGGAGACAUGACCGACAGUAGUUGCCUAGUGAAAAUAAUCGGAUCGGUAAAACCUACGGAAAUCUAUAAUUUAGCAGCUCAGAGUCACGUUAAGAUUUCGUUCGAGCUGAGUGAAUAUACCGCCGAAGUAGACGCCGUCGGUACACUCAGACUGUUGGACGCCAUAAGAACUUGUGAACUUCAGUCUCACGUUCGUUUUUACCAGGCUUCCACGUCAGAAUUGUAUGGAAAAGUCGUGGAAAUACCUCAAAAAGAGACGACUCCUUUUUAUCCGAGAUCGCCGUACGCUUGUGCAAAAUUGUACGCGUAUUGGAUCGUAACAAACUACAAGGAAGCUUAUAAUAUGUAUGCGUGUAACGGCAUUUUGUUCAACCACGAAAGUCCAAGGAGAGGCGAAAACUUUGUCACAAGAAAAAUCACCAGGUCCGUCGCCAAAAUAGCUCUGGGUCUAUUGGACUGCAUUCAGUUGGGAAAUUUAGAUUCAAAACGCGACUGGGGACACGCCAGAGAUUAUGUCGAGGCCAUGUGGUUGAUGUUACAACAAGACACGCCACAAGAUUUUGUCAUAGCCACUGGAAAAACGCACAGUAUUAGAGAAUUCGUCGAAAAGGCGUUCCAACACAUCGGCAAAACAAUCGUUUGGGAAGGUAAGGGUACCGAUGAAGUCGGUAAAGAAGAGUCGACUGACAUCGUUCGCGUCAGGGUGAAUCCGAAGUAUUUUCGACCGACCGAAGUUGAUCUUUUGCUGGGCGACGCCACCAAAGCCAAAAACUUAUUGGGAUGGACGCCUAAAGUGAAUUUCGAAGAACUCGUAUACGACAUGAUGGAAGCCGAUCUAGCACUAAUGAAGAAAAACCCAUCGGCUUGAUCUCAAUUUAAAUUUUUUUAUAUUUUUAUAAGAUAUAUAAAUUUAUUUGAUUUUGUAUUAUUUUUUUUUUCGGCUUUUGAAUUUUCUUUAAGUAUGUUAAAAGCAAACAAACGCGUUAUAAAAUUAAAUUCGAUAAAAUAUAUUAUCGAUGUACGACGAGCACACGGUAUCGGCAGCACUACAUAGGAGAGACUGUCGGCGUGACAGUAAAUGUUUAUUUUUUUUUUAUAACAACAGACAUUUUAUUAUCAUAUCGAAAUUUACCUACAAUUUUUAUUCGACACAAGUGGUUUUUUUUUUGUGUUCAUAUUAUUUAUUAUUAUUGUCUUUUUUUUUUUUUAUAGUCAACCGUUUAAUUUUGCCCUCCCCUUACUUAUAUAUAUAUAUCUUUACAUUAUAUCUUUUAUAAUAUUUAAACGAUAUGCCCAUCGACUGAAAACGCAGUAUUAUUUUCAAUGUGUUUAAAUUUUAAACAUUUAUGUAUACGUGUCUCGUCUGUUCAAGGAUAUUCUUGCACAAGUUGUUACUAUUAUUAUUAUUGUAUUUUUUUUUCUUAUUAAAUUUGUAUAUUAGACUGCACAUUUUUUUGUUAUCGAUAGAUAUUUAAACAUUAAUAACAUUUAUCGUCGCGGAACGAUGAAACGUUUUUCGAACAACCCAAAACAUACGAAUAUACCACCUAUACUUACCAAACAAA